ACCGUCGGCCAUUUUGGUCAGAGGAGGAACAAAAUUAUUUCAAAACAAAACAGAAAAUGCCAGGAUUUUGCUUUUAUGUUUUUAAAUGAUUAACGACACGAUUGUUAAUAGUGUAAAAAUAUAUGUAGUUUAGGUAAAAAGUGUCCAGUAGUCAAAGGAGAUGAAGAGGCAUGAUAGUGAGGUCAUCUCCACGACCUCGAGCACCUCAAAGGGGUCCGACAGGAGGAAGAAUCGGUUCUCUAUCAGACGUAUCUUUUACGCUGGGAGGUCAGGACUGUCUCGGAUGAGUUUGAACUCUACCUCAUCUGCGCAGUCUGACGUUGGGUUUUCAAUCAGCGACCGUGACCGGACAGAUGGAUCAGCAUUAGGUGCCACUGCUGCUCCAAGUACAACAGCAGCAACUUUAUCUGUGCCAUCUUUGACACAUUAUGGACCAGGACAAACUCUGGUCAGACGAAAAAGUAAAGACGGUUCACGCGAGUGCCCUUUGUGCCUAAUUGAACACCCAUCAGACAAGUUUCCGGAAAUCUCAACAUGUUAUCAUAGGUCUUGUUUAAAUUGCCUUCAGAUGUAUUUAAAAAUUGAAAUCACAGAGAGUAGGGUAAACAUAGCCUGUCCGGAAUGCUCUGAGAAGUUUCAUCCCAAUGAUAUUAAGGAGAUUGUAGGAGAUAUGGUGCUUAUGUCGAAGUAUGAGGAUUUUAUGUUGCGAAGGGUACUGGUAGCUGAUCCAGAUGCAAGAUGGUGUCCAGCACCUGAUUGUGGAUAUGCAGUAAUUGCCACAGAGUGUGCAGGAUGUCCUAAGAUAAAGUGUGAGCGACCUGGGUGUAAUACUUAUUUCUGUUACCACUGUAAACAACACUGGCAUCCAAAUAAAACAUGUGAUACUGCACGAGCAGAACGUGCCAUAAUGGCUCUACGCAGUGGCUCUAUCACCUUCAGUCCCGAAUCUGAUUCUCAAAAAGAUUUCAUCAAGCCGUGUCCACGAUGUUCAGCCUUUAUAGUGAAAGAGAAUGACGGAUCGUGUAAUCACAUGACAUGCACUGUAUGUGGGGCAGAGUUUUGUUGGCUCUGUAUGAAAGAAAUCUCUGAUCUUCAUUAUUUAAGUCCAUCUGGUUGCACAUUUUGGGGUAAAAAACCUUGGAGUAGAAAAAAGAAAAUAUUAUGGCAGCUUGGUACCCUGGUUGGUGCUCCUGUAGGUAUUACGCUGCUAGCAGGAAUUGCGGUACCAGCCAUGAUAAUUGGUAUUCCAGUCUGGGUUGGAAGAAAGAUACAUUCCCGAUUUGAACAUUCUUCGAAACAUAGACAUAAUUUAGCUAUAGUGGGUGGGGUAACAGCAUCCAUACUUGUUUCCCCAGUAGUAGCUGGACUAGCAGUAGGUAUUGGGGUACCUAUACUGCUUGGCUAUGUGUACGGUGUAGUCCCAAUCUCUCUGUGUAGAAGUGGAGGCUGUGGGGUAAGGACCACUAACAGUGGCGGUGUCAGGUUCGAGUUUGAGGAAAACGAAACUGGCAACUCAACUUACGCAGGUGCUGUUGAUAGCCAGAGUGUUGGUACAGGUCACCAGGUGCCCAACCCGAGUAUUGCGCCAAGCAUUGGUGAGGCUAGUGUUGGUAUGAACAACAGCAUAUACAGUGGAAGCGGAAACCACAUAGACAGGGUUGGUGUGAACCGUGAGGACGAGAGUGAUCGAGACUCUGCCAGUCAUAGGGCCAUAGCAGGUUCAAGUCUAAAUGGCAGCAUGUGUGGUAGUACCUAUGCUGCUGUCAUUGGAAUGCAUACAAAACUGGAAGUACAGGCUGAGCUUGAGGCAGAUGUGCCGACUGGAAAGCGUGCAAGUUUUAGCAGUGGUUCAGCCAACUUCAGUAUCGGAGAAAAGUCACUGGGCGAGAAAUCUGUCAUGGGUGAUGAUGCCAGUACACGUGGCCUGGCUGGUUCAAUAGCUAACUAUAAAUUUGACUCCACAUCUUUAACUCCAUCAGAUGUUCAUGUUGAUUUGGCCAAAUCAUCAACGUCUAGAGCAGAUGUAGAUCAUUUACAUACAGCAACUGAAGGAGGACGUUCCACACCUAGAGAUCUUGAUAUCUCUAGCCUCUCUUCAAGAAUCUCUCAUGAUGACAAAAAGAAGACAAGUUCCUGUCCUGGUUCCCCUCAUUCUAGCUGUGGCAUGAUGUUAGAACAUGAGGAUGGUUCCCGCCACCACAGUGCUAGGUGCAGGAAGUGUCGCCGUGCAGCGAAACUUGCAGAAAAAAAUGCAACAGAACAAAUGAAUGUUCAUUUUUCGGACCAAGUCAGUUUGCAAAGUUUCCAGGCAGACGAUGCUGUCCUUGACCUGCCAAUGGGUAAACAUGGUAUUGAUUCUCUUUCGGAAAUGUGCAAUGAAGACGGCUUUGAUUCAGACGAAGCAUUGGAUAGGUGCAGUAAAAGACGCACGUCUGGAAGAAUAAAUUCAGAACCAGCAGUUUUAUUAACUGAGGUUGAAAAUGAUCAUCCUGGGUUUAUUCAUGUCGAGCCACACAUUGAUAAACAUGUGGAUUGUGAUAGCGACAGUAGUGAUAAACAGAAAAGUACAAUGUCGUUAACACCGCCACUCUCUGAUGGCAGUAGUAAUGAUGUUGUUGUCAGUCUGAACAGUAGCGUCUCGUCAAUGUCAAUGAAAUUCUGUAAGUACAGUAACAGUGAAGAAAAGACCCUCUCAAAAUGUAGGAGUGAAGAAAUCUAUAAAAAGAAGAAAUGUCAAAUUGAUGACUCUGUCUCGGAGAAAAGUAAAAGUGAAGAAUUAUGUAAUAAAGAAGUGGAUGUACUAAGUGGUAAUAUGAAACGUGCUAGACGUGAAAGCUGCGAAUUGGCGAUGAAGAAUGGCAGAAUUUCUCCAACUUCCAAAAUUGUGGAUUAAAGAUACUUAAAGCCUUAAUGAUCAAUACAAUGAACUUGAGUUUGAUAAACAACAUAAUUGGUAAUGAUAGUGCUAUUGUAGUUUGUUAUUAUUUCACUGGUCGAUAAAAUUACCUACUUUAAUUUCAAAAUAUAUGACAUGUAAGUUAGAUAGAAUAAAGAAUAGAGAUGGC